AUGACACCAAAAAGAAUUUGGAAGGAAAGAGAUUGUACAUCAACUAUCCCUAUAUUUAGCUUAUCUCAUGGAACAAGUGCAUCAGCUUUCGAAGAAAUUGCAAUGGUAAACUCGUAUAUUUGCUACUGUGACAUACAAGAUAAAAUACCUCUUCUAGAAUACAAACGAAGAGUAACACAAGGUCUAAUAACAAUGUCAAAAGUGCCUUCGAAGAAAAAGGGAAGACCUAGAUCAGAUGCUGGAGAGAUAAGUGAAUUACCACCCCCAAAGAAACGCAAGAUAAUUUUGAAUAGUAUCUGUUCUAAAAUUAUAGCCGUUUGGUUUUGCUUUAGAACUAUUCAUUGGGAAUUUAUUAAAAUAACUAAAAUGUUUGAUUUUAACAUAUGGAACUUUGUGCAACCCUCUCCAAAACUUAACAUCAAAGACAAAUAUGUUGCUAAAAAGGUAAAAGAUUUAAUGCAGCCAUUUAUACUUUCGGAUGAUGUGAUUUUUCAUAUUAAAGAUGCCUUUAGUAAGGAAAUAAUUUCAGGUUUGAUGUAUCCUGAUGAUUCAUCGAUGUCUAUUACAUUUUUAAAAGACCGCUUUUGUGGUGAAGAAGAAGGAAAAUCUGUCUCUUUGUGUAUUCAUUCUCAUCUUUUUACUAUAACUUUAAUAAAGCUAAAAUCUGGAAGAAUUUAUCAAAUAGAGAAAAGAGAUUAUCCAAUUGAUACCAAUAUUUUCAAGAAACCUCACAUCAAGGUCUAUGAGACGUUUUGCGAUUGCAUAAAAAGUUUUUUCACAGAAUUUCACUUAGAUGGGGAAAUGAUUUCAGCUGGUUUCUGCACAGAUUUAUUUAUGGUGCAGUUUAAUUUAGAUACAGCUUUUAUUCCACAUUUCGUCAAGGAUUCAAAUUAUAAUACAAGUCAAAGGGAUAUUAAGUCAUCAUUUGAACGAGUCUUGUGCAAAAGUAUUUAUCAGGGUGAUAAAGAAUCAUUUAUGUUAAACACAGCUGGUUUUAAAGAAGCUACAGAAGGUAUUAGUGAACUCGAUAGGAUAUAUGAGUCUUGCUAUUUUGAUGCCAGAAUAAUAGGAAUUGAAAAUAUACCAGGAUUAAAAAUAGAUCUUGACAUUUGUCAUGAAAUUCUUGAAAAAUUUAAAAAAUGCAUGUCUGAAGCUGGCAAAUCAACACAGAAAGUUGAAUUACACAUUACACAUAGUGGUGUAAAUAUUGAGGAUAUAGUUUACAAGAAGCUAUUAUAUCAUCAUCCACUUCGCAAGAUAUCUCAUGUAAUUCAAGACUUUUCAGAUUCUCAUAUCUUUGGUUAUGUUUGUGGAGAUUCUUAUGAAGGAUAUGACUUUUUCGGAUUUAAAGCUGAUAAAAAAUCUCCACAACUUUUGGCCAUCUUAAGAAAUAUAUUUCAUACUGAACUUUUGAGAAAAGAAAAGAAACAAUUAGAUGUGCAGGCUUCGAAGGUUUCCCUUAAAUUAAUGAACUUUUUGGACUUGGCUCGAAAUUUAAAAGCAAAAGAGCAAGAAAUUCCAGCAAUUUUGAAAAAGCGGAUAAAACUAGUUGAAGAUAUUCGCUGGUGGCUUGAAGGUUGUUCUGAUGAUAUAAUGCCAUCUGUUGAUGAAGAUGAGGAACUUGAGCUGAAUGUUCAAUAUCAAGAUCUUUAUCAUACUGCUUAUCAACUGAAAUUGGAGGAAAUUCAGAAGAUUGAAGAAGCAAAAAAACAAGAAGAAAUCAGGAAGAAACGACACCAUAGAAGAAAGAAAAAAGAUACAAGUGGUGAGAUGAGUGCUAAGAAAUUGCCAGAAGAAACUUCAGAUUCAAAACAAAAGAAAGCAACCGAUAUAAUCGGUCGUUGUUUGGAAAUAUUUAAAAAUUGUCUUGAGGUGAAGAAAAAAGAAUCAGAAGUUUUAGAACAGGAAAUGCUAUCCUUAACAAGCAAGGCCCUUAGUCAGGAUAAGCUGCAAGAAGCUAUAAAUAAAUUAAAAGAAAUAUGUGCCAUGUAUUACGAUGAAAGAGUGAAGGAAAUUAAAACUUUAAGUCAAGAACUUGAAUUUUUGGAAACCAUGGAAGAUUCUGAAAUAAAAAACAUUAAAACAGAAGUACCUCAUGUAUCUGUUGGACCAAAACAACAUCUCAGUGCUGUUAAAAAAACUAUAAAGCAAAAUAUAUUUCAAGACAUAAGCUUGGAUGUUUCUCCAGUGUUUGAAUCAGACUCUAAACUAUCAAGGAAAAUUGCAAGAUGCAAAGAAUAUUUUCUGGUAGCUCUAAAAAUAAGAAAAGAGGAGAUUGAUGAAAUUAAUUAUAUCAUCACUUUCCUACAUCAUAGUAAAAAUAUAAUGGAACCCGAGAGAUUGAAUGCAAUUUCAAAUUGUCGUAAACUUCUUGUGAGAGCUGGAAAAAUGUAUUUGAUGCAAGUUGAUGACAUAGAGUUGAUACUAAGAAAAUUGAGAAAUUUGGAAAAAAGCGUUUUAUAUAUGAUCCCAGAUGCUAUCAAAUAUUGCUACAAUAUCUGCGUGCAUGCAUUAAAAAGAAGAAAAACUAGUGCUGAAGGUAUUCAGCAGAUUCUGUCAGAACUACCUAUUAGUUCAAGCCUUAUGAUGUCACAUAGUUAUCUGUGCCAAGAACUUUAUCUUCGCAUGAAAGAAAUGAAUGAAAAAGAAAUAGGAGAUAUUCAGACUGCAAUUUUAGGUCUUCAGGGAAGAGAAACUGCCACGGAAUUUGAUGUAUUAAAUGUGUGCCAUGAUCUAUACAAUACUACUAUAAAAAUGAGAAAAAAGGAAUUUGAUAAUUUACUGCUUAAUUUGGAUGUGUUGGAAGUUGAUACUUUAGUUCAUGAUGAUGAUGAUGUAUUUAAUUUAAUUGAGACCUGCAAAGAUAUGUGUCUCACUAGUGCUGCUAUUCGAGAAAAAGAGAUUGGAAUUUUGGAAUUAGAAAUGAAAAGUGAUGCAACAAAACACAUUUUAGAGAAACAGGGUACAGAUGUUGUUGUGACACUCAGAGAUUUGUUUUAUUCAGCUAUUGAGCUUGAAAAAAGAGAAUGUGAACAAAUUCUUGGCACCACAAAUGAUAUAUUUCAAAAUUUUGAUAAUAAUAAACUUCAGGUCUUGCCAGUCGCAUAUACCUUCAAAGAUCUUUUUGAAGUUGUGUCAAAAAAACUCAAGGAAGAAAAAAAUAUUAAAUUUUCUAAUGCCUCAUCAGCCAAAAAUCCCUGCCUUAGCACCUCCUUAAAAGAAUUUCUUUUAAUGGCUUUCAAAUUGAAACAGAAAGAAGUUGAAAUACCUUUACCUGAAUUAAAAAGAAAUCUUGAAAUUAUAUUACUGAAUAUGAUAGGGGAAGUGAAUGAGAAAGGAAAGGAAAAAAUAAUGGAAAAUCAUAGGCAUUAUCAAGCUAUAAAGAUUGUUGAAUCAUGGAGAGAAAUUUUUCUAAUUGCUGCGAAAAUGAGACAUGAGGAAGUUGAAAGAGUUUCUUCUUCAAAAAAAGCAGAAAUAGAAGAAGAAGCAGAUUUAAAAAUUUUUAAAAAUGAUGAAAUCCGGUUUGAAGAUAAUGAGAUUUAUCAGUUGACAACAUUUUGGAAGAAAGUUUUUGCAGCUGUUGUUGAAAUGAAAAAAACUGAAAAUAAAGGACUGAAACAGCUUUUAGAAUUAUCACGGGCUGCUGAUUCCAAUAAAAAUCAGUCAAAAGGUCCUGGAGUUUCCAUUGAUGAAGAAAAUGAAUAUUUUGAAGAUGUAAUUGAUAAUUUGCAAAAAGAGGAAGACACAUUCCAGUCUAAGGCAUUAAAUGCUGUAGAUACUUGUAAACAAAUUUUAGCCAUAGCUAUUGAGAAAGAAUCGAAAAAUCUUGAAGAAAGAGAGCAUGAAAUGAGGCCAAUUUUGAGUAUGGAAUAUGAUGAAGAAAACGUUCAAUCAUUUGAAAGUGAAGUGACUACAGCCCUUGAUAAAUCUAAGCAAUUAUCUUUGUCAUUUGCUGAAACUGUGAAGGAACAGAUUUCUACCAUAAAAAACUGUUUGGAGACUUUGAAUGAUAUUAAAGAAAAUAAGAAAGCUAUGAUUUCAUCUGCUAAAGAAUCUUGCAAGCAAUUUUUAUCUGCAUUACAUAUGCAAGAAGAAAAAGAAGUAGAAGAAAUUGACAAUGGAAUUAAAGCGUUGGAUAAAUACUUUGAAGAACUAAUAGCAAAGUCACUUCAAAAACUUCGUCCUUUUACUGACUUAUUAGUGGAUGUUAUUAGUAAAGAAGAUGUGAGUUUAGUUUCAGAUAUUAUAUCUGAAGAUCAGGAUACUGAAAGAAUUGGAAAUGAAAAAGCUGAGAAUGACCAGAAAGCUACUGAAUAUCCCAAACUAUCAAGAGAAGAAAUUCAGACAUUAUUGCUUGAGAUUGAUCAGGAACAAAGCAUUGAGGGUGAAGGAGAAGGAAAUGAAAGACGAAAAGCUUUAAAAAGGUAUGAAUCUUUGAGGGAGAUCUUUAAUUUAGCUAGAGAUAUGCGUAAAGAAGAUCUCGAGAACAUAGAGACUGAAUUGCAGAAAUUAGAAGUACCUGAAAAGAAAAAGAUGAAAUCAAAAGAAAAAACUGAAAAAGCACUCCAAAUGAUUGCAUCUUGUGAAUAUAUAUAUACUUCAGGUCUGAAAUUUAGACAGCCUGAAAUAAAAUCUAUUCUUCAAGAAAUUGGGAAAAUGUCAAUUGCAGAACCGAAACAGCUCUUGGAAUUUGAAUCAGCUGACAUUGCUAAUGGUUGCAGAAAACUUUUCACAUCAACUAUAGAAUUUAGACAGAAAAACCUUGCUAUGAUGAAAUCACAAGUGGAAAUAUUACAAGAGAAAGAAAAAGUGUUAAAUUCUUUUAAGGAUUUUGCACCUGAAAUAGCUGCAUCUAUAAAAUAUGAGGCACUCACGACAUGUAAAGAUCUAGUCCUUUCCUCAGUUGAUUCAAAGAUGAAAGAAAUUGAUGAUUUUAUUGGUUAUAUGAAAAUUUUGGACGACUAUGAACACAAAAUAGAAAUGCACUUAUUACAAUUGGAUCCUGAGACACAAAAAACAGUAUUCACAAAACUUGAAAAGGCAAAGGAUACUGUAGCAACUUGUAAAACGCUUUGUGAAAAUGCUUUUGAAAAGACAAAAAAAGAAGUAAAAGAUGCAGAUGAAGAAUUGCAGAAGCUUAAAGGAGUUCUAGAAAGUGCUAAGAUUUCACCUGUUUUAGCUAUCUGUACACAAGUUUUGAAUUCAUCUAUUGGAAAGAAGCAAUAUGAAAUUGGAGAAAUAGAGCAAGAUCUUGAAGUUGUACAAAAACAAUUUGCGCUAAUAGCACAAUCCUUCUUAGGUACUUUGAUUGUACGACCUGCUCUAUCUUUUGAAUCUGAGGUUCAUCCACAAUGUUAUCUACGCCCUUCUCAUAAGCUCUUCUGA